UUUCAGUUGUCUGUUGAACAGCAUCGCGUUCGGUUCUCCACGAAGCCCCCGCGGCAGCAGAAGUUAACGACCUACCUCCGACAGCUCCGAACCAAAUUAAGGCCGAUAAACAAACACAAAAUUUAACCAGUCAAAAAGAAACCAUCAUGAACAAGACUUGGCUGCUUUUCAUUUGCCUGCUAAUUGGACAACACUGCGUUUGUUGUCAUGGCUUGCCUGUAGAUGCGCAAAAAGAUGAUUAUCAAAACGAUCCUGACUACGACUCAUAUGACGACGAGAUUGAUGAAGGAGACACAGGGGUUGUUGAUGUAACAGAAGACGUAGAUCCUCAAUACUCACCGCCUUAUUUUGAGAAGACUGAUCUGAGGAUCGAAGCUAAGCCGGGUGACAAUGUGGUUCUCAACUGCGAUGCAAGGAACUUCCAACUUAACAAUGCGGUGAUGUGGUACAAGAAGGAGCAAAUCAUUGCCAGCGGUCAGAGCGCCAUCAGUCCGCGCGUGGAGGGCAUGAAGAACAAUUCCAUACUCCUGAAACAUGUGACGCCGGAGGACUCGGAUGAAUACUACUGCGAAAUCCUGCCCCAGAAGGUUCAGCAGCACACGACACUGCGGGUGGGCGCCCGGCUGUCGAUCCUCUGCGACGAUCGCGAUGUUACGGAUCGAUCGCAGACGUUCAGGCAGGGCGACCACCACACGCUCGAGUGCCGAACCUAUCUGCCCGGCAAUGCCACUAUCAAGUGGUCCUUUAAUGAUAUCAGCGGCCAGCAAUACACCGUCGAACAUCAGAACGGCGUGAUUGUUCUGGACAGCGUGGACGAGAAGAACGCCGGGUUCUACCAGUGCCUGGCCGACGAUGGCAGUCGCGAUCCGCCACAUGGCACGGUCCACAUCGAUGUCCAGUACAUGCCCCUGGUGUCCACCCACCGGCAUCAUGUGAACACGGAAAAGGGCGCCACCGCCGAGCUGUACUGCGACUACAGGGCGAAGCCCAUUGGCAGGAGCUACUUCAUCAAGGAUGGCAAAUCCCUGCAGAUCUCCGAGAAGUACUCCUUUAAGGAUUCCAUGCACAAGGCCCACAACCGCACCACGCUGAUCGUCAGAGAUGUGAUGGACAGCGAUCUGGGCGAGUACCUGUGCCAUGUGGAGAACUCCAUUGGGUCCAACGAGGUGAAGGUGCAGGUCAGCUACGAUCCGGAGACCCCGCAGUUCGAGUCAGAGACCAUUGAGGGAAACAAGGUUACCCUGCACUGGCUGGUCAGGAGUCGGCAGCCCCUCUCCGAGGCCAUGUUGAAUUACCUACUAACUGCGUCGCAAAAAUGGAGCACUGUUGCAAUGCUGCAGACGCGGCGCCACAACAACACAGAUAACAUCUGGAAGAUCACGCACCAGAUGGAGUUGAAUAGUGGAGUGUGGCAUGCUCGUGUGAAGACGAAGAACACCCAUGGAUGGUCCCAGUUCUCGAAGGAGCACAUCUUCACAGUCCAGGAUGGUUUCUCCAAGGAGGGGGAAUAUGAAACGGACCAGCCCAGCGACAUGGACCUUCCUCCGGGUGAAAUAAUGCAGGCCGGGAUCGGUCCAGUGGGCCGAGGAGCUGCGUCAGCAAUCCGGCAGCUGAAUCUGGGGGGAGUCCUGCUGGCAGCGCUCCUGCUGCGAAUCCGCCUCUAAGGGGUGCCAUUUAUAAUUAUUCAGACCGAAAAGUGUACAUACUAAAUACGUAUUUCCGGAUUACUCAGCUAUCGAUGGCAUCGGAGCGAUAGCGAACCUAAAGUAUUCUAACUAUACAAAUGCUAAUGCGCGACCUCUGGCUUGGGUCAAUGUUAAUGUUAAUGCUAUAGUACACGCUGUGUGAUGCGAUCAGCACUGAAACAUUUGUGCCAGGCAGGGGACUUUACACCAAUGGUUUGUUGGGAGAAGGCCGAGGAUUAAAGUUAAUUAAGUUUAGGAACAUUUAAAGAAGCGACAUUGGAGCUAGCGUUGAUUAGAACAGAUAAACUGCGACGAUCGGUUCAAAACCGCAAACAAACGUAACAUUUUGAUUAACCUUAGCUAUAAUAUUUAUUUGUUUUUGUCUCUAUGCAUGUAAAAGUUGGCACCUUUGAGGAGAAACCCGAGCCGAAAACGAAAACGAAAGCAGUUCAUCGCACAGGGAAGAAUUCCAUACUGGGUUGAUGGAAUACUUUAAUACAUCCAAUAUGAAAUCCACUUGUUCCCCAAGCGAAAGCGUAGUUUAGCAAAAAAUGGGUAAGGAUCUAGUGACUUUUUAGGAUUUGCAAUGCGUACAAUAUUUUUGUAUAUCCAAGCGUACUUACAAACAUAUUUGUAACCGAAUCAGAGGGGCACCGGGAGGGAUUAAUCAUAUGGCUCGCUAAAUAUUUUAUAAACUAGACCAAAGCUUAGACAUACAUAUGUGUACCUACCACACCAGACAUAUGAAACUUAUUUUUACGGAACAACGCCACAUCAACUCAAUGGAACCGAAAGAUUCAAAAUAUACAAAUCAAAAGAAAGGCCGCGGGAGUACCUAUGCUUAAGAGAUACUGAAAAAAUCGAAGAGAGCUAUAUAUACAUAUAUAUAUAUAUUGUGUACUGUUGUUGAUAGGGUUCGGCCUCACUUUUUGUCCUUGAUUCUGCUACAAUACCUGAGGAAUAUCGCCAUAGCAUGCUGACCAUGUACACUGUACGUAUGUAUAUUUUAUAUAUAUUUUUUUUAAGAAUCAUAAUAUUAGAGUUGAUCGAUAAACGUGCCAACCGACGCAAUCAAACGAUGCUGAUUGCUCGCUAAAUCAAAUCAAAACGACACAAAAAGAAAGUUCCAUAAAAAAGUUUUGACAAGGUCCUGAUUUCAAAUGCCGACCUUUAGCAUAUAUACACAUAUACAGAAUCAUAUAUAAAAGAAGAAUUCUUAAAAGCCAGUGUCUUACGUAUAUUAUUGUAAUUUUUGUUGAGUCCAUGAUAAGUAAAUAAAUAAAACUAAACAAAACAAAUUAAA